AUGAAUUCUUAUUUAAGUAUUAAAGAAUAUUCUGGUAACUAUGGUGAUAUACCAUCACCUUGUCCAAUGUAUCAUACAGGACCUGAAUUACAUCAUAUGAAUCAAUUGCAUAAUUCAUUACAUAAAGAUUGGAUUUAUUCAUUAUUUCGUGAUUGUAUUUAUGUAUCAAAAUGUUUGAAAAAUGAAAUCAUAAUAAUCAAUGAAGAAGAAAUUCAAUAUUAA